UCCCUGUCUCACGCAUCAGCCAGGGGCCAGCCCAGGCGCCAACUCUAUACCAACUGCUUCUCCAGAACUUCAAAAUUUCGAAUUCGAUGAUAAUGAUGAUCUUCUUCUCCUUGCAUUGAUCGAAGUUCAUAGAAAAUUGAGAUGGCUUCGAUGAAGAAUUAUAGUAGGAGUAAUAGUAGUAAUAGUUAUGACUACUCGUUCAAGAUUUUGUUAAUAGGUGAUUCAGGUGUUGGCAAAAGCAGUCUGGUGCUCAGUUUUAUUUCGCAACAGUAUCUGCAAGAUCUCUCCCCCACCAUUGGUGUAGAUUUCAAGAUAAAGCUGCUGACGUUUGGAGGGAAGCGAAUGAAACUAACCAUAUGGGAUACAGCUGGACAGGAGAGAUUUGGAACAUUAACAAGCUCAUACUAUAGAGGGGCACAUGGAAUUAUACUUGUUUAUGAUGUAACAAGGCGAGAGACUUUCACAAACUUAUCGGAAAUUUGGGCAAAGGAAGUAGAGCUUUACUCCACAAAUCAUGAUUGUAUCAGGAUCUUAGUCGGGAACAAAGUCGAUAGGGAUUGUGAGAGGGCUGUAACCGUAGAAGAAGGCAUGGCUCUGGCACAGGAGCACAAAUGUUUAUUUUUUGAAUGUAGUGCUAAGACCAGAGCAAAUGUGCAGCAGUGUUUUAAAGAACUUAUAUCUAAGAUACUUGAGGCUCCUAGUUUAUUGGAGAAAGGAUCUACAGCUGUGAAGAAGCAGAUUUUAGAAAAUAAGCAGCUUUACCAGGCUGAAAGUAGAAGUAAUUGUUGUUCUUAAAAUGAUUAUGGGUGGAAAAGUAAAAUGUAGACACUCGCAUCCCUUUUGGCGUUGUUAGCAUUGGAAGGCAAGAAGAGUGUGCCAGUGGUGUUGUUUGUAAAGCAAGAUGAGGUUCAUUUAUAGCAUAUAGUGUUUGUAAAUUUGAUUUUUUUUUUAUUCAUCAAGUUUUAAUUACCUAGCAGGUUUUUUGGAAGGAUAAAAUUUGUCAUGUAACUCGAGCGGAAGCUAAACACAGCAUUGUUCAUAUACAAGUACGUGAUGAAUUGAUCAUCAUGGCUUGUACAAAAGAGA